AUGGCACGGGUCUUUCUAACCGGAGCUUCGGGCUACAUCGGUGGUGACAUUCUCCACACUCUCAAGUCAGCCUUUCCCCAACUCGAGUAUACUGCUCUGCUACGAGACUCUGCGAAAGCCGAUCAAGUUACGAAGGCAUACCCUGAUGUCCGCGUUGUGCACGGAGAUUUAGAUGCAACAUCCUUGAUCGAGGAAGAAGCCCGCCGCGCAGACAUUGUAAUCCACGCCGCAAACAACAAACAUAUCAAGAGCGUCGAGGCUAUUUGCCGCGGACUGAGCGCGUCCGGUAGAAACAAGAACGGCAUUUGGCUGCAGGUAUCCGGAGCAGCGCUUUUGUCUAUCGCCGACAUCGAGAAGAAAACCUUUGGGGAGUUCUCAGAGAAGAUUUACAGUGAUCUUGAUGGCGCCGAGGAGCUUCGCGCGCACAUCCGACGUCACUCCGCCACUCGUAUAGUCGACAAUUAUCUUCUCAACCUGCCUGUAUCUUCCACGCGACCCAGAACCGCCCUGAUUUUCCCUCCCAUCAUCUAUGGCCGCGGCAGAGGACCAGUGAACCAGCGAAGUAUCCAGAUCCCAAACCUUGCAAGGAUUUCGAUGCAACGUCGCGCCGGAUUCCAAGUUGAAAAGGGCGAGAGCAUCUGGAGCAGCGUUCAAAUUUCCGAUCUCAGCAAUAUCUUUGUCAAGCUUGUUGAGCAAGCGCUGCAGGGCGACAACAAUGCCCUUUGGAACGAGAACGGGCUGUAUUUCCCUGGAACGGGAGCUCUGCCCUGGAAAGCGAUCUCGGAGCAUUUGACUCAAGAGUUGCAUCGACUUGGCCUCGUGGAUUCCACUUCGGUUAAUGUGGUCAGUCACGACGAAGCAGACACUCUAAUGCCUAGCGGUAGUAUUUUUUGGGGAACAAAUGCACGGCAGUUGUCUCAGCGGGCUCCGAGUCUUUUGGGAUGGGCCCCUAAGGAAAAGAGCUUAGAGGAGGAUAUUCCUGACACUGUUCAGCUCGAGGCUCAGAGGCUUGGGUUGAAGUAG